AUGACGCCCACCCUCUUUACUCCCAUCCAAGUGGGUCACAUGAGAAUCAGUCACCGUAUUGUCCUCGCCCCCCUCACCCGUGUUCGCGCCUACCCCACCCACGUCCCCGGGCCCCAUGCAGCCACCUACUAUGCGCACAACGCUGCUGGUGGGAGGGAGUUCGUCCCAGGGAUCUAUACCCAGGAACAGGUAGAAGGAUGGAAAAGGGUCACCGAUGCCGUGCAUGAGAAGGGUAGUUUUAUAUUUUGCCAACUGUGGGCACUUGGGAGAGCUGCAGUCCCAGAUGCCCUCGCCAAGGAGGAUAACUCCCCGCUUGUAUCUGCCUCUCCUAUCCCACUUUCCAUCCGCCCUACUACAGUCCCGCACGCCCUCACAGAAUCAGAGAUAGAAUCAUACAUUACCAGCUUCGCCACUGGCGCCAGGAAUGCCAUCGCAGCAGGCUUCGAUGGCGUCGAAAUCCAUGGUGCAAACGGAUACCUUAUCGAUCAGUUCUUGCAAGAGAUGAGCAAUAUCCGGGAGGAUGGAUGGGGUGGGAGUAUCGAGAAGAGGGCAAGAUUUGCGAUAGAGAUCGUGGAUGCGCUUGUCAAAGAAGUCGGUGCUGAGAGGGUCGCCAUUAGAUUGAGUCCGUGGAGUCCGUUUCAAGACAUGGGCCUCCCCGAUCCAAAACCACAGUUCUCAUACCUCGUAAGCCAGCUCAGGAAGUACGACCUUGCUUACCUCCACGUCACCGAGCCACGUGUUGGCGGAAACAUUGAUGUGGACGCACCACCGCAGAGUAGCAACAAUUUCCUGCGUGAGAUAUGGUGCAAGGAGGGCAAGGAUAGCGUGUUUAUCAGUGCGGGUGGGUACACACGACAGACCGCGAUCGAAACAGCGCAGGAGCAUGGGGGCAUGAUAGCAUUUGGCAGGUUGUAUAUUCCGAAUCCUGACCUCCCUGCCCGACUUAUAUACGACCUGCCGCUUGCUAAGCCUGAUCGUGCAACAUUCUACCUCGCCGGAGAUCUUACUGAGAAAGGAUACACCGAUUUUCCAGCGGCAGACGUACCAACAGAGCAGAAGUUGUGAAGGCUAAGAUGGUAAAGGUAAGCGUUUCUGAAUCGCCAAGAUCGGGAGGUGUGUUGCAGGGGAGAUGAAGAUCCUUCGAGGAUAACCAUAGAUUCGUCUCCUGCGUCGGCCUCAAAUAGAAUGUAGGCCAUGAC